GUCAUGGGCAACGAAGCCGGAGAUCUCGACUCACUCGCGUGCGCGAUUGCAUUCGCCUACCUCUCGCAUCAACGCACACCGGCCGACAGACCGUGGCUCCCUCUCGUUCAGACGGCGCAAGCAGACUUUAAACUUCGCCUCGAAAACCAGCUUGCGCUCAAGGCUUGCUUAAUUGACGAACAGAACGUCAUCUCCUUGGACGACUUUACACGAUGGGAAGAGGCUGAGAGAAAUGAGGGUAGAGUCGAGGCUGCACUUGUAGACCACUGCAAACUGUCAGCACGGUGGAAGGGCAACGUGGACGUAAAGGCCGUGAUUGAUCACCACGCAGACGAAACGUUGUACGCCACCGCUUUGCCGCGCAUUGUGUCACGCCCUACCGACUGUGGCUCGUGCGCUUCACUGAUCGCCAUGCAUUUCAAAGACGAGCUCUCAAAAGUAGACGCCGGUGCUGAAAUUUCGAGGCUGCUCCUGUCUGCCAUCGCCAUUGAUACGCACAACCUCGAUCCUGCAAUAGGAAAGGCGAAGGCGGUGGAUCGCGAAGCAGCACAGCUUCUCACGCCAUUCGCCGACCUGGGCUCAUCAACGUUGAUGAGCUUGCUCUCUACGACCGCCCUCGAAGGUCAACCUAAACGCCUCGACAUCUUUCAUGACGCGCUUUCCAAGGCCAAGGAUGGCGUCUCGCAUUUGAAUAUGCGCGAUUUGUGCAGAAGAGACUACAAGCAGUACGAAUGGCCGAGUGCCAACCCCUCCAAGCCAUGGCGCGUUGGCCUCACCUCCGUACCCUGGAGCCUCGAUGCUUGGACCAGGAGGGACAGUGAGGAACCAUUCUUACAAGACUGCGAAAAGUUCUGCAAAGAGACAAACAUACACUUUCUUGGCAUCUUGUGCUCAUUCAUGGACGAGUCCACCUUCAGACGACAGGCGCUUAUGUAUGCUCGGGCUCCGAGCGAAGGCGAGCUCACAGCCGUGGUAGAGGUCAUGACGAGGAUUGAGAAAGAAAAGCGAGAAGAGCUUCACAUGGAGAAACUAAAUGUGGCCGACAUUUCUCCAAAGGAGCAAGUUGGAAAUUUUGUUCGUAUCUGGGAGCAGAAGAAUCUCAAGGCAACACGGAAGCAGGUGGCGCCUGCAUUCAAAGAAGUCUGCGAGGAAGUGGCG